AUGCAAGUAGUCUCCUUUUGGCUACUCCUCGCCUUUGUUCAACUGUGGCAAAAUGCUCUCGCCAACGUGCCACCCUGGGCAGUCUCGCGGAAUACCAAGAAGGUAACUCUGCCGUCAAAUAUUCUUGCCCGAGGUGAUAGCCGGUCGCCCACAGCUAUUUUCGAAGACGGCUUGCAGGCCAAGCCUAAGCUGACCCUCGGCUUCGGGGAAGGAUACGACCUCAACAAGCAUGUUCAAGGUUCGGCCUCUAACAUUCGAGGCUCAAAUUUCGUCUCGACGACGUCGUCACUGAACGUUGCCGAACUCUUUGCGACGUAUGGGACCGCAAUCACCGAGGAUAUCAAGGAUUUACAGUUGCCGAAGAGAGAUGGCUGGGUGUAUCUCCUCAGUCCGGAUCCAUCAAUCAUUGACGUUGAGGGAUCUCGCGACCAGCCCGACGGCAUGCAGAAGGAAUUCGGGGCAAUCAACGGAGUCGAGCGAGAUCGCAUCAUCGGUGCGUACCGUGCGGACGACACUCGGCAGAUGGUGCAAAUGAAUCCGUUCUACAAUCGCGCCUACAUGUCCCAACACGCCGGAACGGCACAUCCUACCUUUGCCACUGAAUUCUACAACGAGGAAGACCUCCAAAAGCUCGCCUGGACAAUCAAGCUGGAAGCAAAUCUUGAAAACCAUAUACUCAGGGAGACCGAAGCGCAGAGACCGGCGGAUAACCCUGCUGACUGGAAGGCGAAGCUUGAGUCGGACAUUCAGGGGAACAAUUUCCUUCGAGACAAGGCAGCCAAGGAUCCGCCCGCGCAGCAGCAGAAGAAUAAGAUAAAGCUUGCUGACCUUGUUACCGAAUGGACUGCUAAAGACGUACCCAAGACUGCUAACCCUGCCGUGUCAAAGUUUGUCACCGAGUUCGUCGAGGAAAACUGGAGCCGAAUGCUGUCCACUUUCGAAGCCAUCGACGACAAGCAAAUGGGUAGGAAGCCUAAGGGCAACACGAAGCAUUCGAACUGCAGGCGCGGCGAGACAUGCAGCAUCAAGCCAAAGAAGGACAAGCCGCAGUCGAACCGAGGCAAUAGACCUGUCGGGGUUGCCAAUGCUAGAGUUAUGGAUCAUUUUGGUGGUGUUGCCUUCAAUCUUGCUUUGAUGGCUUCGACGUGUUUGACCAAUGCGCGACUAGCUAACUGUUUCCAGACGGCAAAGCAAAGUAAACCAUCUUCUCAAGAGGAGUCCCCAGUCAGUCUUUGGGACAGGGUCUUGGGGCUUCGCUUUGUUCCAGGAUUGCUGUGGGGCAGCUUUACGAAACUUUGGUCCCAAGAAAAUAUUGAUGCUUUCAAAAAGUCUUGGAACGACCUCAAACAAGCCUUCAGCGAAGUCCCCGACGCCGUAAAACGCAGCGUUAAGGACGUUAUAAAUGUCGAGAAUCUUGAUGCAUUUAUACAGUCAUGCAAUAAUCUGUCAAAAGCAGUAAAGGAAAUUCCAGCGGCGGCAAAAAGUGGAGCAGCCGACCUUGCAAACCUAGAGAAUGCCGAUGCAUUAGGCCGGUCUCUUACGGACUUUGCAACGGCAAUAAGCGAAAUUCCGGGAGCCAUGGAAAGUGGCUAUAAUGAUCUAAAACAGGCCCCAGGUGAUAUUGCAACGGCAUUUCAGAAGGCUCCUCGACAGUUGGCAGAAGCUGCCAUGGCCUUUACGGCAGAGUUUGAUAAAUAUGUAAGUAUGCCUGCUACUACUACUAUGACUAUAAUUAAAUUGAAAUAUACUAAUUGGCUUUGUAAAUCUAGUUUCCGGUAG